AUGAAAGAUCAUCAAAAUACAAACAAGAAAUUUAAUGUUCCAGAUCAGUAUGAUAAUAACUAUUAUUAUCAAGAAAGAAUGGAACCACCAUAUGGAAGGUAUCCUAUACCCAAUGAGUACAUGCAUCCUGUAAGAAUGAAUGAAUAUUUGGAUGAAGAACAACUAAAAAUUAUUUGGAAAAAAGAAAAAAAUAGACUAGCAGCUAAAAAGAGCAGGGAGAAGAAAUUGACCCAUAUUAAAGAUUUAGAAAAAAAAGAGUACAGAAUGGGAUUAGAAAUUAAUGAUCUAAAGGAGGCUAUAGAGGAUUAUGAUAGAAUUUUAAAAAAUAUAUUUGAUUAUAUAAAACAUUGUAUAGGAAGAAAAGAUAAAAAACAAGAGAAUCUUGUGUAUUUAUUUGAUUGCCUGUGUAGAUUGAAAAAACAAAAUGGAGAACAGAGUUUUUUUCUUAAAGACAUUAAUUACAUGUUUGAAAAUAAACUUACUGUAAAAAACGAAGAUAUAGAAGAUUUAACAGAUAAUUUAAGAGAAUCUUUAAAUGAAAUAUUUGAAAGAAAAUAA